AUGAAGCUCCUGGCGGCCUGGGCUGUCGUCGGAACCGCCGUGGCCCUGGUGGCGGUGGCUCCUCGUUCAGACGCCGACCCUGGGACUCCAGAUGUUCCCUGCAAAGACAACAAGUGCCAAAUCCAAAGCCAUGACCAAGAAGCAAUCGACGGAAGCCCAAGCCCGGAUGGGAUACCCGAGGUCGACCCUCCUGAGGAAUUUGGAGUGUACGAUCCAAUUGGAGCAUGGGAUGGGUCAAACUAUCAAGAUAUUCUAGAUAACAUAGCGAGACAGGAAGAGAUAGAAGAGAAGGAAAACGGACGUAAAGAACUCGGGAUACUUCUUGACGCAGACAAAUUCAAGAUAGAUGAAAAGAUGGAUGAAAAGAUUAAAAGGCUAGCUGAGAAAAAAGACAAGGACAUAGAGAAGGUUUUCAACGAGACAAGUUCCGUCAUGACCUUUAAAACAUUUUACCUUGCUAUAAGUGCUUUGUCUAUUUUUCGCAAUUACGGUCCAGAAGAGAAGAUACACCGUCUCCUUGAAUUGCUAGAGGAACAAAAUCCUCAAGGAGAGGAGCGCUCAGCUCCAAUUUCUUUCGGAAACAAAGACCCAACUCCAGAAGAGAGUGUCAAAGUAGUUCGGUUACUUGUGCAAAAGUUCUUGUUGGGUUCCGAGGAAGACAGGUCUAAAGCGAAAGAAGUAAUUGGAACAUCAAAGAAUAGAGACGCUCAACUUGCCCCACAAGCACUUACGUUCCUGAAAAGUGUAAAAAUAUCUAACAAGUUUGCACUACUCAAGUUGCUUGUAAAAGAGCAGAUAUUAACUAAAACAAAUAUACAUGAACUGUAUGAGAUAAUAGCAAAAGUCAUAUCUCUGAGCGAACAUCAAGGCAAAUAUAUAUGGAAAAGGAGUGAACUAAGGAAAGCGGUUUUGAAGAACUUUGUGGAGAUCUUUAAGGAGGUUAAAGAGAAAACGGAGACAGCAUUUAAGGUGGUUGACAUAGUUAUAGAGCUUGUCAAGGAAAUAGGCAUGUAUUGA